UCCAUUACCAUGUUGAUGGAUCAACAUCCAGAAAAGAAUCCCCUGUUGAUUCUCCCAACAACCAACGACGAAAGGAAAAACAGAACAAAACGUUCCUUGGACGACACCAUAGAAGUUUGGCUUGGAAGGUUUAGUUGGGCACAGUUCCUGCAAGCCACCCUUGCUAAUUUCGCAUGGGUAUUCGACGCCCAGCAGACCUUCGUCACCGUCUUUACCGACCUUGUGCCCACUUGGCACUGCAAUAGCACCUCGUCGUCGCCGCUCUGUUCACCGGCGGCCGAUAAUAAUGUAAUCUGUGAGCUUCCGGAGGAGGCGUGGGCGUGGGACGCGCCGCCGCAGACCUCCGUGGUUUCCGAGUGGGGUCUACAGUGUGCCGGGGCGGUUAUCACCGGCCUGCCGGCAACCUCGUACUUUGUCGGGUGUUUGGUCGGCGGGCUGGCGCUGUCCACGCUCGCCGACGCCUCCAUUGGCCGGAAGAAAAUGCUGGCCUUCUCGUGCUUCCUCAUGAACGUGGCCGCCGUCGUCACCGCGGCCGCCACGAACGUGUGGGUCUACUCGUCGUUGAGGUUCCUGACGGGGUUCGCCCGGGCCACCAUCGGGACCUGCGCGCUAGUUUUGUCGACGGAGAUUGUGGGGCGGCGGUGGCGGGGACAGGUUGGGAUCAUCGGCUUCGUAUGUUUUACUCUCGGCUUCCUCUCUUUACCGGCCAUGGCGUACUUCAAUGCCGGGUCUUCCUGGAGAUAUCUCUAUCUCUUUACCGGCAUCCCCGGGAUCAUAUACUCUGUUAUAGUCUACCUCGUGGCUCGAGAAUCUCCGAGGUGGCUUUAUCUGAGAGGACUAACCCAAGAUUUCGUCGAAACCAUCAAAACCAUGGCCCCGCCGGAGACCCGCAGCAGCAUAACCAGAACCACCAUCUUUUCCGACAACCAAGAUCAAGGCCUUAUAGAUUUGGAUGAGCAAAUGGAUUUAUACUCCGCCCUAAAGCUACUAAUAAACAAAGGCUGGGCUUUGCGGCGGCUAUUAACGGUCAUGUGGGUGGCUCUCGGGAUAGGAUUAGUGUAUUACGGCAUACCGUUAGGCGUCGGCGAAAUGCCGUUUAACCUCUACCUGAGCACGACGCUAAACGCCGUGUCGGAGCUACCGGCGUCGCUGGUGACGUUACUGCUGAUAGACAAGCUGCGGCGGCGGAGCACGGUGGUGGGGUUAGGUGUCCUGAGCGGGGUGUGCAACCUCGGGUGCGUUGUGUUUGUGGGGGAGGAGUUAAAGGCGGUGCAGAUCGGGCUGGAAAUCGUGGCGUUCUUCACCGCCUGCACGGCGUUCAAUAUUCUGCUGAUAUACACGCUGGAGCUGUUUCCGACGUGCGUGAGGAACUCCGCGGUGGCGAUGGCGAGGCAAGCCAUGGUGGUGGGCGGCGCGAUUAGCCCCUUGCUGGUGGCGCUGGGGAGAGGGAACAGGUUUUACUCUUACGGGGUUUUCGGAUUGGCCAGUGUUUUGUGCUGCUUGUUUCUGGUUUCUUUGCCGGAGACAUUGGGCGGAGAUCUCUGUGACACCAUCGACGAAGAGGAGAGCAAGGAAAAUGGGAACAGAGUCUGAACUCUGAACUGUUUAUAUUUUUAUAUUUGUUAUCGUUUGGGUGUGGCUAUUUAGUUUUAAUUUCAGUCCUGCAUCUUUUACUACUUGUCUCCAUGCAAUAAUCUUUGUAACAAAGUACUGUGAAAAAUGAUUUACUAAUAACUACAAGAUUGUAUGAAUGAGUCCACAAUGUU